CGUUUAUUAAAAUUUCUGGCACUCUGAUACAGCAGCGUUCAACUGUUCUGAUCGCUCGCUGGUUACGUGAUUACAGCUCCGCUUAACACGCACUGCUCUUUGAUCAAAAUACCGAAUGCAAGGUAAAUAGUGAGCAGUGACCCUCACAUUUUCGACCCCAACUCUUGACACACUUUACAACACUAUAGUGACAUAACCUCAUAUUAUAGACCCCAAAAUUAAAAUGAAAAUAAUUUUUUAGUUCUAGUAGUAAAAUAAUGGCUUACGCUGCUGCAGCUUAUAACAGGAUAUUAAAAAUAUUAGAAAAGUGGCCGAUAGAUAAAUCCAAAGCGGGCGGCAGGGAUUAUUGUGAAUAUUUUACAAAAUACGUUACACAAGCAUACAAAGAAAACUCCUUCGAAUCCGAUUAUAAGUACUGGGAUCAGCAAUACCUGGCUUUGCAGAAGCUUGUGAAUAAUACCCACAAAAACUCGUACAAGCGAACCCUAAAAUCUUCGGCUACAACUUUGACCGCCGAGCAGUGCAAUCAGGCCAUAUCCAACGAAAUUCUACUAGAAAUAAAAAACGAGGAAAAUAAAUCUUUUUUCAAGAAACUCAUUUCAAUUAAAUAAGCAUGAAUUCAGUCAUAAGACGCUUAUUUUGCACUAAUCAGCCUCAUAUUCCAGUAAUGGCAAACGAAGUACUCCAAUACUUAGAUAUCAAAAAGCAUGAAGUAAUUUUAGAUAUGACCUUUGGCAGUGGGGGACAUUCAAGGGAAAUCCUAAAACUUGAACCCAAUGUUAAAAUACUUGCCUUGGACAGAGAUCCAUUGGCUUAUGAAUACUCUCAAGGAUUAGCCAAAGAAUUCCCAAAUAGAAUCAUCCCUUUAUUAGGCAAGUUUUCUGAUCUUCCCCAAUUGCUCCAGCAACAUGAUUAUGGCAAAAACUCUAUUGACAGCAUUUUAUUUGAUUUUGGCUGCUCUUCAAUGCAAUUUGAUUUGGCUGAAAGAGGGUUCUCAAUAUCUAAAAACGGGCCUUUAGAUAUGCGGAUGGAUAAUAGGGAUUCGGGAGUACCAACAGCAGCUGAUGUACUUUCCAAUGCAACUGAAGAGGAUUUAUAUAAAAUAAUUAAAUACUACGGAGAAGAGAAGCAAGCCAAAAAAAUUGCUAGGGCUAUAGUAGAGGCAAGAUAUUUAUUUAAAAAAUUAACCACUACUGAGGAAUUGGCUGAUUUAGUUGAAACUAUUGUAAAUAAUGAUAAUAAACACAGAUAUGCAGCCACCAAAACCUUCCAGGCCCUAAGAAUAUUUGUGAAUAAUGAACUAAAUGAAAUAAACUAUGGCCUUCUAUUAGCUCAUCACUAUCUGAAACUCAAUGGACGUUUAAUCACAAUAACUUUCCACUCUUUGGAAGAUACUAUAGUAAAAAGGCACAUGCUAGGGAAUAUGAUUGAGAAUGUGGCCAAUCCUUUACCUUUGAAAUUUCAGAGUCACAAUUUUAACUUGGCAUCAACAGAUUUGGACAAACUUAUGGAGAAAAAGUGGAAAAUGUUGCACAAACACGUUCUUGUACCUAGUCUAGAGGAGGUUGAGGCAAAUAAUAGGUCUAGGUCAGCUAAAUUGAGAGCAGCAGUGAAAAUUAGAUGAAUUUUAAUUAGUUUAAUAAGAAAAAUUGUAGACUUUUUUUGUUAAUUAUAUUUUACUCAAAAAUUGUUGGAUCUUUAUUGUAGGUAUCUAUAAAGGUUGAUGCUAGUUUCACGAAUUUCUGUACUGAGAAUUAUUACGCAUACUCGAAGGGUAAACCUCCAAUGUAUUCUUAUGUAUGCCCUAUGUAUUAUAUUUAUAUGUAUUCCUUUUUACUCUUGUGUAUAUCCGAGUGUAAUCCUCCAAAAUUCUAAUGUUCCAUAGUCCAAACAUGGGCAGUCGGUU